AGUUGCAUUGUUAUUGGCUAUCGAAUAUUCCUGGAACGUCUUCCCAUCGACGAAUAGAUCAUCGUACACUCUCAACUUCGCUCAUUUUAUCUUAUUGGUCGGUUUAUGGUCUGGAUACCCCAACGGCUUUCAAAAGAGAAAGGUUGCAUUCAAUGAACGGGUUCACGAGGUGGAGGACGACACCAUUUAUUCCUCUUCUUCAACAGAAACCGAUUCAACAAUAUAG